AUGUCCGUCCGAGACGUUGAAAGGUGGCUGCUAAGUGCCAUAUCCUCUCCUGAGGAGAGGCAAGAAGCUCUGGAGAGGCUUACCACCUUUGUUUCUCAGAGACCAGCAGAGGUAGCGCAGCUGGAGACUUGGCUUCUCGGGCAGUAUAACUCCAACUCGCUCGUCACGCCAUUGGAAUUCUUUGUCGAGAUUCUUUUUGCGAUAAGAGACCAUUUGAACUCCGAGUCGAUCAGCAGAACUUGGUGGGAUCUCGUGCUUCGACCAGCCCUGAGACGCGAGCAGCUGUCGCGCAAAGCAAGACAUGAAGCCAUCCAGAUGGUUAUGAUUGGCCUAAAAGAAGGAGGAACAGGCUUCAGACGGCGAUUGCUCCAGUUGUCUGUGCUCGGCGUCCCAAGCCACGACUCUGUUGAAGACGCGAUCGAGACCGCGCACAUGAACACAGACGAGCGAGCGCAGAUGUCACAAUGGAGAGAUAGCUUGGUGGAAAUCCUGACAAAUGACGCUAUCUCAAACCCGCAGGCAUUCUUCGAGGAGAUGCAGACCGAGUUUAGAACACCGGAUAACCGACUUUCUCUCUCAAUUCUUCUGUCCAAGCUGGCAGCCAGCGACGACUUCCCUGUGACCACUUUUGGCGAAAGUCCAUUACUCAUGACGCUCCUGAUUUCAUUAUUUAUCGACAAUUCGGCAACGGUUUUCAAUACACAGCUGACAACCUUGGUCAUUCUCCUCCCCCUCUUUGCGGUCAAAGCGCCUAAGCGACUUCACGAGAUCCUCCCAGAGCUGCUGGCCAUCCUCGCACGCGCAAUCUGUUGGCAAUCAAGAACCGGUGAAAACGACGACCUUGUGGGAGUGCUCCAUCAGAGACUGGAAAUUCGAGAAGAAUACGAAUGGAAACGACUGGAAUUCUCCUUUGAUGCGGUCCCCUCGAUCACCCCAGAUGCAACACGCUAUUUCACCUUUCUCUACGGCAUCUAUCCCUGCAACUGCCUCGCGUUUCUGAGGGAGCCAGUACAGUACUUGAUCGACAAGGAUUGUAAAAGUCCGUUUACCGUCAACUGGGACGAAGCGCUGGACGAAGAGGAAAUCUGGAACCGCUGCGAUACUCUCGUUCGUCAGCAUAUCUUCCAUCCUGCGCUCAUCAAGCAAACUGCUGGAGGCGAACUGGAGCAAACUGGGACUUGGACAGGAGAGGUUGCAGAUGUUGUCCGCGCAUGCUCUUUAUUAGAUGUGCGUAAUGUCGCUAGCACCUGGGAAAACGCUCUCAGGGACCGUCUUCAACCGAAUCAUGAUGUAUGGAUGGAAGGCGAGGCUAUUUCCGAGCCGGGAGAUGGCAACGCCACCCCAGUAGACCAUCCACGACUUCGCGAACCUUCGAAAAGGCCCCAUGUCUCCCUCCGCCAGCUAAUGGAUAUGCAUAUGAUACUUCGGUCCGGACAACCGAUAGAUAUCAUUAAUGACUUUCCCGACCUGCCCUCAACUCCACGCACGCACCCAGCUCCGCUGAACCCAGCAUACGAAGUCGCCGCCGCACUCGGAGGUUCGUAUGCAAGACACGGAGCGCAGUCACCAGAAGUCGCUAGCCUCAGUUCAACGCAGAGAGAAGAGGCGAAGGAAGAGGCGAUUUCGACUCUUCAACGGGACUUGCUUAUGAUGAUGAACGAACUCAACUUUGAGACCUAUCUCCGACGUCAUUAUCUUGCGCAAAUCGGAUACUUGAACAGGAAGAGCGCUCAAAUUCGGAGCUCGGAGAUGGAGAGGCAACGCAUGCGAGACCAAAUCAAGCGCAACGAACAAGAGAUUGAGCGACACAAACGGGAAAAACGUGAUAUGCAGAUUCAGAUUGAUCGUUACCGAGAAGGCGGCGACAACUAUAGCGUCAAUAUGAGUCGGCAAAUCAAUAGGAUGAAGCAGGAAAAGCAGGCCUGGUUGGCCGAGGCACAAGAUCUUCGAGCGAGAGAUGCAGAGAACAAGGACGUCCUAGCCGCGCAAUCUGAGCGACUUGCCGAUAUAGAGAAAAAAAACUCCGAUCUCCUCAACGAGAGGAAGGAGAACGAGGUAAAAGUGGCGCUCAUCCAAGACUAUGAGCGUCAGAUCGAAAUUUUGAGGAAAGCCGAAGAAGUUUGGCGAAUCGACCACCGGAAGCUCAAAUGGCAAGAAGACGUGAUCGAGCAGAUUCGUAGCAAAGCCUACAAUAUGCAAGCCAUUAUCGACAGUGAGCAGUAUUCAAAUGCACAGUUGACGAAUGACAAUAGGGCACUUGAGGAGCGUGUAUAUGAGCUCGAAGUGCAGCUAGACCACAUGAGAAGGGCACCCCCGCAAAAUCCAAGACUUGUCGAACACACUGAAGCACUCCAGCGAAACUUUUACGAACGGAUUCGAGAGCUGGAAGACGAGAAUGCGCACUUGCGAUCGAGAAACGCACAAGCCGAAAGGGAGCUUCUUCAGGAGAGAGUGAAGAGAGAAACAUUGGAGCGUCGCGAGCAUCAACGAAGUCGCGCACAAGCAGCGCCUGAAGAUACCGCGGAAAGCUCAUGA